AUGCAACGAGCGCUGGCAUCGGGGGCCAUUGUUUCCUCGUUGUUCCCGGAAAAGGUCAACCAGGCGCUGUACGAAGAAAAGCAGCAGGAACAAAGGGCCAACCGGACGCUCACGGAAUUCAAAAUGACGGACAUGGCGGGUGUUUCUUCCUCCCUCAACGGGUCCAAGCCGAUUGCCGAUCUCUUUCACGACACCACAAUCUUCUUUGCGGACCUGGCGGGGUUCACCGCUUGGAGCGGCAAACGAACACCGGUGGAAGUCUUUGAGCUGUUGGAGAAACUCUACGGCGCCUUUGAUGUUAUUGCCAAGCGUCGCAAAGUCUUCAAGGUCGAAACGAUUGGAGAUUGCUACGUGCAGUGA